CCUGCCUGAUAUUGCAUAUAGAAUGUGUGGUCUGUGCCGCACGCUGCCCUUCGGGUCGAACAGAUGAAUAAGCCCCCACUAUUAACCUCGACGCCAAGAGGGUCGGGAGCGUUUGUCGUGCAUUUGUCGUCGUCGGACCUAACACAGUACUGACCUAAACUAAAGUGGCUGCUCUUCUGCCUCUCGAAGCCUUCGAACGUCGCUGUAGCUCCAACGUCGUCACCGCCACCACCACAAACAAACAAACCGUCGAAGGAUCUGCUGUUUUGCUUCUGGUACUAAAUAAUCAUCUCAAACCAACUGGUCAAACAGCGAGGCGCCUCUACAUCACCCCCUUACAUAUAGUAUCUCUCCCUCCCUCCCUCUCGAUCGAUCUUCCUCUUUAUGGAUCGACACGGCUCGCCCGCCCUGGGCCCUCAGAAUGCCUCCUCACGCGUCACCAAAGGCGGCGAGACGGCUGCUGAGAGACUCGCCGCCUUGAAAGCGAGAGUUGCCGCCGCCAUCAACACCACCGCAACCAAACCACCUCUUCCCGGCAGUAGCAGCAACAGUCCCUCCAUCGCCAGCCCCAGUUCCGCGCCCUCCAACCCAAAGGCAACCUCGGGAUUGAACGUCCCACUCCACCCGGCUUUGAUGGGAGAUCUUGGAGGGCCAUCCAAGCCGGCCACCCGAGUCAACCACGUCCAAAGUAGAUCUACACCCAUCCGCCAUGAUGGCACCAAACCGCCUCCACAGCCAAAGCCAAAGCCGCUCCAUCCUUCCGGCCCAAACCAGCCUGACCAGGUCAAAGCCAAUCCCUACUAUGACCCCACCGUCCAGGACCCAGCACCGAGACAGCCCAGGCAGCUGCAGUUCAACGAGCCCGGAAAGUACAUUGCUCAAGCCAACGCCAUUCGCAGGCAGGAGAAGCUCGAGGAGCUCAAGAGGAAGAUCGCCGCAAGCACUCAAAAGGCCGCCGACGAAGACGCAGACGUGCAGAAGAACUUCCUCGUCGACGCCCCGCCCGACGUUGAGUGGUACGACGAGGGCUUCGUCAAGGACAACGACUACGACAUUAUCGACCUCGCCGAGAUUCACGCCCUUGUCCAACAUCCUGUCCCCAUCGAAUCCGACAGUACCAGGCAGGUCGCCGUCAAGCCAAUGUAUCUGACUGCCAAGGAGCAGAAACGCGUGAGAAGGUUGCGCCGCGCCGCCGUCAUGACCGAGGAGCGCGCAAAGCAACGUCUGGGUCUCCUGCCCCCACAACCUAACAAGGUCACCCUGAACAACAUGUUCAAGGUUCUCGGCGACGAGGCCAUCAUGGAUCCCUCUGCCGCCGAAGCGCGCGUGCGCCGUGAGAUCAACGAGAGAAAGGAUCAGCACCUGACAGAGAACGAGGAGCGAAAACUCACCAAGGAGCAAAAGGCCGACAAGGUUGCCAAGAACCAGGAGGCCGAUAUUUCCCGCCAGGUCCACCUGCUCGUCUACAAGAUCAACAACCUCUCAAACGGUAGCAUACGCUGGAAGCUGUCCAAGAAUGCCGAGCAGCUUGGAUGCACAGGAGUUCUUGUCUUGUGUCCCAAAUUCUGUCUCUGCAUAUGCGAAGCAGGCCCCUUUGGCGCCAGGAAAUACCGCAAGCUGGUUGAGGAACGCCUCGACUUCACUCAGAACACCCCAGACAAACACAAGGAAACAAGCCACGAACUCAAGGAGUGGCUAAAAGCCACAGAAGCCGAUGGCAGUCUGAAAGACUUGUCUUCCAACGCUGCACACUUGGUGUUUGCAGGAGAGGUAAAGUAUCAGGCUUUCAACAAGUUUUCAAGCCGCGUGUGCGAGACCGAGCAGGAAGCCAGGAGCUUUUUGGCCAGGGUCAAGAUGGAGAAUUUCUGGAAUUUGGCCAAGAGUAUGACAUGAAGACCUCGAGUUGUUGGAGACUUGGAACAUAUUCAUAGCACAGUCUUCUGGUGUCAAGACUUCAAUAGGUUCUGAUAUGUUGCAAAAUGAUACCCCCCCCCCCCCCCCCC